AGCCGGCCCCGUCCAUCAGCGCGCUAUAAAGAGGGGUCGCCGCGCCCUCGGGUCCCACAGCCCCUCUGCCCGGGACCAGCACCGCCGACCCCCGAGACGAGAUGUGCGACGACGAAGAGACAACGGCGCUGGUGUGCGACAAUGGCUCCGGGCUGGUGAAGGCGGGCUUCGCGGGGGACGAUGCGCCGCGGGCCGUCUUUCCCUCCAUCGUCGGCCGACCCCGACACCAGGGCGUCAUGGUGGGCAUGGGCCAGAAAGACUCGUACGUGGGCGACGAGGCGCAGAGCAAGCGGGGCAUCCUGACGCUGAAGUACCCCAUCGAGCACGGCAUCAUCACCAACUGGGACGACAUGGAGAAGAUCUGGCACCACACCUUCUACAACGAGCUGCGCGUGGCCCCCGAGGAGCACCCCACCCUGCUCACCGAGGCCCCGCUCAACCCCAAAGCCAACCGCGAGAAGAUGACCCAGAUCAUGUUCGAGACCUUCAACGUCCCCGCCAUGUACGUGGCCAUCCAGGCCGUGCUGUCCCUCUACGCCUCCGGCCGCACCACCGGCAUCGUCCUUGACUCCGGGGACGGCGUGACCCACAACGUGCCCAUCUACGAGGGCUACGCGCUGCCCCACGCCAUCAUGCGGCUGGACCUGGCCGGCCGCGACCUGACCGACUACCUCAUGAAGAUCCUCACCGAGCGCGGCUACUCCUUCGUCACCACCGCCGAGCGGGAGAUCGUGCGGGACAUCAAGGAGAAGCUGUGCUACGUGGCCCUGGACUUCGAGAACGAGAUGGCCACCGCGGCCUCCUCCUCCUCCCUGGAGAAGAGCUACGAGCUGCCCGACGGCCAGGUCAUCACCAUCGGCAACGAGCGCUUCCGCUGCCCCGAGACCCUGUUCCAGCCGUCUUUCAUCGGGAUGGAGUCGGCCGGCAUCCACGAGACCACGUACAACAGCAUCAUGAAGUGCGACAUCGACAUCCGCAAGGACCUGUACGCCAACAACGUGCUGUCCGGGGGCACCACCAUGUACCCCGGCAUCGCCGACCGCAUGCAGAAGGAGAUCACGGCGCUGGCUCCCAGCACCAUGAAGAUCAAGAUCAUCGCGCCCCCGGAGCGCAAGUACUCGGUGUGGAUCGGCGGCUCCAUCCUGGCCUCGCUGUCCACCUUCCAGCAGAUGUGGAUCAGCAAGCAGGAGUACGACGAGGCGGGACCCUCCAUCGUCCACCGCAAGUGCUUCUAACCUGGCCCCGGCCCCCCCCCCCCCGGCAAGCCUCUCAGUCCUUGUACAGUUUGUUUACUCCCACGGGCCGUUUCUCGUGCUUUGGAUAUUUAUUGCUUUCUAAAUAAACAAGACCCAGGGCGGACUGGGGGCUGCCAACUU